CUGGGAAGCGGGCUCGAGCCUUGCACGGCGGCGCGGCUUGGCGCUGUAGUGUCCCCACCACAGCCCUGUCCUGAAAUGGAGAGGGGCCGCGGGGCCGCCUCGGCGGGAGGGUUACAGGGAAGCAAGAGGCAGCUAAGGGAGGGCGGCGGAAAGUGGAGGUAGGCGAGUGAGGUCCGAGGGACAAUAUGCGGAAACUCGUGGGGGCUUUAACAGAGAUCCCAGGGGGAUGCUCAUUGCUCGGAGAUGCCCAGAGACUCAUGGGGUCCUGCUUCGGCAACCAGGAGGACACACAACAGAAAUCCUGAGGUUACUCAGCAGUUUGUCCCAGUCAUACUCUCCUCGACAUUACAUUUUUGCAGAUUCAGAUAAGAUGAGUGAAGAUAAAAUACGUAAUUUUGAACAAAAAAGAGCUGAAACUUUCUCCAAUUCCCAGUUUACCCUUAAUCGUAUUCCCAGAUGUCGGGAGGUGUGCCAGUCUUGGAGCUCUUCAGUACUGACAACACUGUACUCCAUACUUUACUCCUUUCCUUUGACUUUCAGACUAAAGCCAGAUUUGAUAUUAUGCAAUGGACCAGGAACAUGUGUUCCUGUCUGUAUAUCUGCCCUUCUUCUUGAAAUACUGGCACUAAAGAAAGUUAUCAUUGUGUAUGUAGAGAGCAUCUGCCGAGUGGAAACUUUAUCCCUGUCUGGAAAAAUUCUUUACUACUUUUCGGAUUACUUCAUUGUUCAGUGGCCUGCUCUGAAGGAAAAAUAUCCCAAGUCUAUAUAUCUUGGUCGAAUAGUGUGACAACAAAAGGCUAACUUUAUGUAUAAAGAAUUCACAUUUCUGUAGGUAGCUCCUCUUUAUAGUUAAAGGAUUAUAUUUAUUUUUUCCACAGGUUCUUGAUUUGAAAUUUACUGGUUGUUGCAAACCAAAUGUAUAAGUCAAACAGCUAAGACUUGAAAGCAGACUGCAAUAAAGUUACAUUAAGAAAAAAAACC